AGUCCCAGUGCAAAGCAGAUAGCUCAGGGCCGCUGCCGUGCACCCCUUGGCUAACAAGCUCAUCAUGCACACCCCAAAAAUGAGAGGAGUGGCUUUCUCAAUCCAGGCAGUAAGAGUCAUAUUUGUGAAUGAUUUCCUGCUGGGGGUGAAGGGGAGAUGGAAAUGAGCAUAAAGGAAGUUGUCAGCAGCACCGCACGCCGGCCAAUCGCAGCACAGCUCCAUCUUAGCUGUGCCAUAGGCUGCAUUAAAACGGAACGGCACGGCGCCCGCUCAGCAUCCUUACAGACAAGAGCCCCCAGAUCUGUGACAGGGAAUACACUAAGACAACUCUUCAAGGAUGGCAACUCUCAACGCCACUCACUGGAACGAGACAACAUCUAUUUACCAGUACUUGGGCUUUCAAGUGCAAAAAAUCUACCCUUUUCACGAUAACUGGAACACUGCCUGCUUUGUUAUUCUGAUCAUAUUCAUCUUUACUGUAGUUUCUCUGGUGGUGCUGGCUUUCCUCUAUGAAAUGCUAGACUGCUGCUGCUGUGUGAAAAACAAAACUGUGAAAGACCUGGAGAAUGAACCCAACCUUGUUAGAGCAAUGCUGAACAGCUUCAGAAAGCGUGAAACUGAGGUGGUUUAAGAAAGGCUGAUCAUCAGCACGUGGAGACCAUGUAACACCUUGAACAAACCACUUGUACCUUAUGGACGAAUGAGUUACAUGCUUUUUUGGGGGUUUUUGUUUUUGUUUUUGUUUUUUUUGGACUUAAAUAGAAUGAUAACUGCUACAACUGCAUCUCCAGCUGUGAACUUAAACAGUUGGCUUUCUGGGCACUUAGCUGAAGGAUUAUCUGUUCCGUUGUUAUGGGGGAAGAAAAGUUGUUUGUUUUUAAAUCAUUUUUUGUUGUUCAUAUUGAGUUACUAGAGUAGAUGUUUGACUGCCUGAACAAACAGUGUUGCUGAACGUGAACAAAACUAUGUUGCUUAGCCAGAGAAAACACUUAGAAAGAUGCUCAACAAUCCAAUUCUACAGAGCACAAUGAUAGCGCACUGUUCUCUCACUGUGGUGAAUCACACAGGGACAAGACAGACAUAAAGGAUUAAGGAAAAACAGAUGAAAGACAAUGAUUUAAAGGCAAGAGAUGCCAUGAGAGCCUUGUGUGAAUUUUUGCCUUCAGCAGUUGUUCUUACUACGGGUUCACCACUUAAAGAAAAUAGGUGGUGGGAGGGAAGCAAGC